UUAGACUUAUUCAGCGAAAAUGGUGCGAAUAACUGUGGAAUUAGUGCGCAAUAAAACUGAGCAUCACGACCGUUUAUUGGGUCCAGUGGAAGAAAUUGCUCUACAUCAAGAGAAUAUCGAGAAAAUCGAAUAUCUGCAGGAUUGGUGCCCCAAGCUCAAGAUUCUUCUGAUGCAAAGUAAUCUCAUAGCGAAAAUAGAAAACCUAAAUAAAUUGAAACACCUAACGUAUCUCAAUUUAGCACUUAACAACAUAGAGAUCAUAGAAAAUUUAGAAAGAUUGGAGUCACUAGAGAAAUUAGAUUUGACUCUUAAUUUUAUAGGGGAAAUUACAAGCGUAGAGAAUUUAGUAGGCAACUAUAAUUUGGAAAAUCUAUACCUAAUAGGCAAUCCUUGCACCGACUAUGAUAACUAUAGAGAUUUUGUUAUUGGAACUCUACCACAACUUGUUUAUCUUGAUGGAACAGCAAUAGAAAGGUCCAUUCGCAUCACAGCUUUGCAAAAUCUCCCAUUCAUUAGAUCUAACAUCAUAUUCGAACAGGAGGAUUACAAAUACAAACGCCAAAAACAAAAAUCUCGUCUCCAGGCCCAAAUCAGUGAGAAAUGGGAAAACGAAUACCAAGACAUGGAUCCAGAUGAAAGAAAUAAAAAAUUUUGGGCGGAAAAGACCGAGCAUGCACCUGAAGUGCGAUAUGAAAUGGAACGCUUUCGCCAACUUAAACUGAAAAGUUUUGAAACUGAGGAUAAAAAGGAAGAAAAGCGUCACUUAAAUUUUUUUGCGGCAGAUGGACGUCCAUUCAAUAUAAAUCAAGCCAAACUGGUUUUUCGGUUUGAUAACUCUGAUCGCAACAAGUGUACUUUAGAUUUAGCAGUAUACAAGCACUUGGAUUCCAGUCAUUUAGACAUAGAUGUCCAACCUAACUAUGUGCGUAUCAUUAUAAAAGGAAAAAUAUUUCAACUCCAUCUACCGGAAGAGGUUGAUACCAGCAACUCUGUCGCUGAGCGUUCACAAACCACUGGCCACUUGGUAGUUACAAUGCCGCUAGCGAAUGCAGCUAUUAAACCCGCAUCGAAUACAGAUGGCAGCACUAAAAAGGUUGCUCUAUUAUAUACGGAACACAAAGCUGAAGAAUGCCACACUGCAAAUGGGCAAACCAAACGAGAAUUUUUAGAAAUCGGUCCAGCUGAUAACAUUUUGGAUUUUACUGCAUUAACUCAACCGCGUUCUAAACCGAAUUACAUCGAUCCCAGGUUUAAUCUUGUAGGAAAAAUACCUUCGCCUGAUUUUGUAGAUAAUCCUGAAGUACCAGAUUUGAUCUAACACAAUAUAUACUUAAAAGAAUGAAAAAACAGUAUAACAAAUAUUUAAACGCACUAUUAAGUUUUUUAAAUAUUU